GUUUGUUGUGGCCGCGGAAAAAUUUGAGGUGAGGCUGCUCGGGAUAUUGGAUGGAGACGUGAAAUGAAGGUGAAGAUUGGUAAUGAGUCCGGAGGUGAGCCAAGAAAGUAUUGGUAUCACGGAAAAGUUUUGGAUGUCAAUCAUGAUCAUUAGUCUUGGCCGGAUUCUUUGUGGCGAAUGCUUCAGGGCUGUUGUUAAUACAAGAAUUCUCCCUGAAGAUGUAGAAGAUGCGAUUCAGAAAGCACGGGAGAUAUGAAGAGUUUUGAGGUUGUUUAUUAUCUAAAUUUGUGCUUGCCGGAGUUUGUUGUGCCCAAAGAUAAAGUGGAUGCUGCUUUGCAUGUUCCUUGGAGACGUGAAAUGCCGGUAAUGAUUGCGUAUGAUACGACAAUAGCGAGGCCGAGAAAGUGUUGGCAUAGUGGAAGACUUUUGAAUGACAUCGAUCCUAAAAAUGAUAUGAUUAAUUUGCCCGAUUAUAGGUGGCGGCUGCUUCAGACCCUGUCCUCAACAAACUUCAGCAUCUUCAGUCCUUGUUUUACUCCUUCCAAGAUGAAGUUCGUGUCACUCUUGCAUCCAUCACUGAUCAUCUCACUCAAAUGGAGGCACGUCUAGGUGCUAAGCUUGAUACAAAGGAGGUGCAGACCGAAUUCGUGGACGAAGAAGAGCCUGCUGUCUGAUCCCUCUCUUUAUUAAGUUUUUCUUUUGUUGGUCCAUCUAUCAAACAAACAAUUUAUUUUGGUUUUUAAUGUACCUAGUUGGGUAUAAAGUUGUAUUUUGAUAGCUUUAAACAUU